AGGACUUUAGAUUUAUUCACUCAGUUUUUUGCAUAUAAUAGGAUUAGUAAUUUCCUAUAUUUAAGUUCUACUUACCAGUCUGGAAGGGUCCAGCCGGCACCAUGAUAGAUGAUGAGCUGUCUGCCUUGGUAGUGGAUAACGGGUCAGGGAUGUGUAAGGCAGGCUUUGGGGGUGACGAUGCCCCACGGGCUGUGUUCCCUUCCAUGGUAGGGCGUCCUCGGCACCAGGGGGUGAUGGUAGGUAUGGGCCAAAAAGACUGCUAUGUGGGAGAUGAGGCCCAGAGCAAGAGAGGCAUCCUGACCCUAAAAUAUCCCAUUGAGCAUGGAGUAGUCACCAACUGGGAUGAUAUGGAGAAGAUCUGGUACCACACCUUCUACAAUGAGCUCCGCGUGGCCCCAGAUGAGCAUCCUAUUCUUCUCACUGAGGCACCUCUCAACCCAAAGAUCAACCGGGAAAAGAUGACUCAGAUCAUGUUCGAGGCCUUCAACACACCUGCUAUGUAUGUGGCUAUCCAAGCUGUGCUAUCCCUUUACGCUUCAGGACGGACCACAGGAAUUGUGAUGGACUCUGGGGAUGGAGUCACUCACACUGUGCCCAUCUAUGAAGGUUAUGCCCUGCCCCAUGCCAUUCUACGUUUGGAUCUGGCAGGCAGAGACCUGACUGAUUAUCUCAUGAAGAUCUUGACAGAGCGAGGUUAUAACUUCACCACUACAGCUGAGAGGGAAAUUGUGCGGGACGUCAAAGAGAAGCUGUGCUAUGUGGCUCUGGACUUUGAGCAGGAGAUGACUGGUGCAGCUGCAUCCUCUUCCCUGGAAAGAAGCUAUGAGCUUCCUGAUGGGCAGGUUAUCACUAUUGGGAAUGAACGCUUUCGAUGUCCUGAAGCCAUUUUCCAGCCUUCCUUUCUGGGCAUUGAAUCCAGUGGAAUCCAUGAGACAACCUUCAACUCUAUCAUGAAGUGUGAUGUGGAUAUUCGUAAGGAUUUAUAUGCCAACACUGUGCUGUCUGGAGGCAGCACCAUGUAUCCAGGCAUUGCUGACAGGAUGCAGAAAGAAAUCGUAGCCCUGGCACCAAGCACCAUGAAAAUCAAGAUCAUAGCUCCCCCAGAGCGGAAAUAUUCUGUUUGGAUUGGGGGCUCCAUUCUGGCCAGCCUGUCCACUUUCCAGCAGAUGUGGAUCAGUAAGCAGGAGUAUGAUGAGUCUGGUCCUCCCAUCGUUCAUAGAAAAUGUUUCUGAAUGGUCUUCCAUGUUAAAGGGCUUGUUUUAUUUUUCUUUUUUCUAGGUCACAAAAAUGGUACAACUGUCAUCCACUAGAAUUAAGGUAAAUAGUCCACUUUUCCUACUGUGCAAACCAGCAGCUCUAUCUCUCCAUCCGAGUAUCUUGGGCUCUGCUCUAGAUAAUCACAUCACAAUCUCUAUCAGCUAAAGAAUUCUGAUACCAAUAUUGUAUAGUCUUGUGUUCAAGAGCUCUAAAAUAUGAAGGUUUGCAACAAUGAAAGUAAGUAACAGGAAGUAAAGUUAUGAGAAAUGUCAUGAGGAAAUUCCAAGUUUUAAAACCUAGUUCUUGAAAAAAUAUUCAGUAAUAGCAGGUUGUUUAAAUCCGUAGAAAAAGAAUGUAUUUAACAACCACCUCUUAUUAGUUAAAUAAGAAUUACUUAACUAAUAAUAUCUCUAUACUCAUAGGCACAAGGGAAAUAAAAUAUGACAUAUUAAAGUGUAUUAGUAUGUUUGAAUACAUGAACAGCUAAUAAGAAUUUCUUCUCCAAUAGUCAUCAUCUUAGCAUCUCUGUUUUUUAAUUGAUUCAUAUUAAAUGAACAGAUUAAUGUGGUACAUCAGUCUGAACUAUCAUUUUAACAUCUUGCUUUUGAAACUCCUCAUACUUUCAAAAUAAUAAAACUACAGAUAAUGCUUCAUUUUUAAAAUAGAUUAUUGUCACAUGGAAUUAAUGUCAUUCUGGUUCAAUUUGAUGUCAAUAGUUUUGCUUGUAUUUCUUUGCAUAGUAAUACAUGUCUGGAAUAAUUUCUGUCGGCCACAAUUUUAGAGAUCUCUUAUAUGCAAGGAUUUCACUAUAAGGAAUUGCAUUGUAACUUUUUUUUUAGAGAAAAAAACAAAACAGAAAAAAGGGUAGAAAUAAUACAGAAUUUAAAAAGAAAUAAUAGUAAGAAAUUACUAGUUGAUAAAUUACAUAUUGUUAUCUUAGAUGUAGUUGUUCAAGUUAUAAAAUCAAAGCAUAAAAAGUGAAUUAUAAAUUUUAGAAACAAUGUAAUAGCCCUAGUGUGUUUUUGGAAAGACUUUAGAAAAAUUAUUUAUUAUGGCUAAUAAUUAGCCAUACUUCUUCAUUCAAGUGUCUCUCAGUGUUAUACAAGUUCUAACAUCUUAAAAAAUAACGUUUCUAAACAUUUUAAUGAAUCCAGUGCUAAUUUUACAACCAAUUUUAAUUUCUAGUGACUUUAUUUUAAUCUAUGAUGUGAUUUCUGAUUUUUGGCUAUCAGGAUUAUUUGUAUUUUCAGGAAGUUUUCUGAAUAUUUAAUACAUUUAUUUGGGUUGCUUUAUCAAGCUAUUGGCUUGGGAAGGAAUAAUCUCUUCCUCUUAGUUGGGAAACUUCUGCUUUUAUUUUAAAUCCCUAAAUUAUAAUCUUUAAGCAUUUUUGGUUAAUAUAAAACUUUUCAAAAAUUCAAUUAUUCCUUACUUCCUUUAUCUUACGACAGAAUUUUUAAACAUCUGUUAUCCAAAAUGCAUCUGAAAAGGCACUUUAUUUUGUAAGUCUUGGAGUCUCCUUUCAUUAAAUUAAA